AUGUCCCAAGCAAAACGUUAUACGCAUAAUGGACCUGUCGACUGCAGCCUGCCUUUUGACACCAAGAAUCUGCAGGGAAAGACGGCAAUUGUCACUGGAGGUGCCAAUGGUCUCGGCGAAGGAUAUGUUCGCGCCCUAGUUGAUAGAGGGGUUAACGUCUGUAUCGCGGAUUUGAAUCAAGACAAGGGAAAGAAAUUAGAAGCAGAGCUACAGGGCACCAAGUUCAUUCAAUGCAACACCACCAGCUGGGAUGAUCAAGCGCGUCUCUUCCGGGAAGCCAUCUCCUUUUCACCAACAGGCAAGAUCCACUACGUCGUCGCCAACGCGGGCAUCCACCGACCAGAUGAAGUUUUCCUGUACUCCGGCGACGAUCAAGAACCAGAAAAGCCGGACCUGAGUACCAUCGACGUUAACAUCCAAGGAACACUAUACACAGCCAAGUUAGCAUCCCACUACUUCAUCAAGCAAAACGGACAGACUCCCUCACCCGAACAAGAGGAUACAUGUUUGGUUUUAAUCGGCUCUGGUGCAGCCUUCCUCGACUGCCCUCGCGCGCCUCAGUACUGUGCCAGUAAAUGGGCUAUGCGGGGUAUCAUGCAUUCUCUCAGGAGGACGGCAUUCUAUUACGGAAGUCGGGUCAAUAUCAUCUCCCCAUGGUAUGUGAAAACGAAUAUUCUCUCGGAGGAAGCAUUUGCCCAUGUUUCCAGCCUGGGGGUAGUAUUGGCCACAGUUGAAGAUGCAGGAGAGUGUCUCUUGCGGAUUCUCAGCGAUACUGGUAUCAAUGGACACUCUAUCUUCGUCUCGGGGAGGAAAUGGGCUGCCCGGGGCUAUAUAGAUUUGGAUUUAGAGGAUUAUGCGGGCAAUGCGCUUAUCCAGGACAUUCAGGAGGAUCAAAUGAAAUCGGCGCCGCCGUCGCUGGGGCUGUUUUUGUGA